GGGGUACCCCACAUGGGUGCGCGGGGAUUCCUCUACACUCCUUCGCUCGUAGGACGCCUGCCUCACUGCGUUCCGUAGCCGUUUUGGCUCAAGCCUCCCAGGCUCUUUUUUCCUUUCUAGUCGUCUGGCCUCCUUCUCAGGCUGCCUCAACAUGGCGUACUACCGCUCGGGGGGCGCCUUGGGCAGCUCGGGGAUGGGCUACGGCGCCGGGUAUGGGGCAGGCUAUGCCGGCGGCCUGCACGGCGCUGGCGCGUACGGCGGCGGGGCGGACUGCGGAACCGCCUGCUGCGCCGGGGCGACCGCCGCCAUGGGCUGCGGUCCCGCCUGCGGCGCGGGGUGCGCCGAGGCGACGGGCUGCGGCAGCGGCGUGGGCGGCGGCAGCGGCUGCGGCACGGGCGCGGGAGGCAGCACGAUCCUGAGCUACGUGGGCCCGGGGGGCGACUACGUGCAGGAGACGACGUACAGAUAUGUGGGCGCGGGCGCGGGCGAGUUCGGGGUGCUCCGCAUUCCUGGCCGCGGCCCCAACUGCUGCCUGUUCCUCCUCAUCCCGGGGCUGCUGUCCCUGCUGCUGCUCCCGCUGCUCCUCUACUCGCUCGCCCCGGGGAGCACCACCACGACCACGACGACGACCACCACGCCGUUCAUUCCGACAACCACGGCGCCACCCGAGAUAACGUUCACCACGACCAAGAAGACGACGACGCGGGCGCCGCCGCCUCCGCCGCCGCCUCCGCCGCCCCCGCCACCCCCGCCGCCGCCUCCGCCCCCGCCCCCUCCGCCGCCGCCCACGACCACCGAGAAAAAGAUCAACUGCGGCGAAGGUGCCCCGGAGUCGUGGGACCAGGCGAAGAAGGUGCAGUGCUGCCUCAUGGAGAACAAGGGGUGCCCGACCACGUCCACGUCGCCCUGCCCCAUCGACUGCAACGCAGGAUACAACGACCUCGACCCGCUGCAGUGGGUGCGCGGCUGGUCCGGCGAGAAGAAGCUGUACUGCUGCAAGACCGCCCAGAGGGGGUGCCCCUCGGAGCUGCCGCCCCCCUCGGGCCUGCCGCCCUCGGGCGAGCCUCCCGCCCCGGACACCAACAAGUACGACUGCGACGCCGGGUACCACCACUGCAUGCACUGCCUGGAGCUGUCGUGGUCCCCCCAGAAGAUCAAGUACUGCUGCACCAACUUCCACAAGGGCUGCAAGGGCGAGGAGCCAGAGUAGAGUGAGCUUCGGGAGUGGUCCGCGCCGGGCGGCCAGGCGAUGUAGCAAGGAGGCUGAUCAUGGGAACCUCUGUGUAGCGCUCGCAGGUUUACAGGCAUCAGUUCUGUCCCUGCCUGCUCCGCCCCCAUCUUUUUGUGCGACAGCGCGGCAAGGCAAAGCUACGAGCGCGCGCUGCGCACCCUGGACAUGGUGCCCGAGGGAACGGCGGUUACGUUUUUCGGAUCUUCGCGAUGCCCGCAAAGAGACGCGUGCAUGCGCGCAGGGAGUAUCGAGCGUGGGUCAGGCGCGCUUGCUUUCGGCGCAGGCGUCUGGUGCGCCUGCACCUGGCGCGUGUUUCCGCCCGUGUCGGCGCCCAAGGCGGGUAUCCAACACGCGGCUGGCGGAUUCGGCACCUGCUUCAGAAGCACGUGCCCCAGGGUGGUCUCCCGACAUGAGUCUGGCACGCGUGCCUUUUGACACCCGUGUUCACAUGCGCAGGCGCCGAGGAGAGAGAUGAUCGCACAGGCGUACGGCAUGCGCUUUGACGCGUAACUUGCUCGCACGCUCGUGGUACCCAACAUGCGGAUGGCACGCGAGAGGCCAGGGCUCUCGCGUCUCGGGCGGCCAGUGGACGCCGAUCACUGGUUGUUUCUGUCCUGCGAGAGAGCUCUGGCCGCAGACGCCACAGAGCAAAA